AUGGAUUCUCCCUCGCCAGCUAGCACCUACUACUCGACCGUCGAUACGCCCUCUUCGAGUGGUACAGCCGAUUCACCCCCUGCUGGUGAUGCAGUAGUGGUCCAAGGUGGCGCUCUCGACGACUCGGCAGCGCUCGUCAAUCAACUCGAGUCCAUGAGCCUUCGCGCCUCCUCCCAGUCCCCACCUCCUCAACAACCGCCUGGCGCAUUCCCCACCGAAUUACACCUUGGUCCGACCCAUGCUCCUGCCACAGCAUCGUCGACCGUAGGCGAAGAUGUCGCCGCCGUCAAAGUCGAGUCCGCCGGGGUGCCGCCUUCGUUGCAGCCAGCCGCAGAGGCUCCUAUCAGGGCCACAGCCGCCGUGGCGCGACCUGAACAUUCGUCGCCUUCCAAAACUUCGGAUGUGCUCUCCAUCAACUCGAACGCGAGCACCCUCAGCUCCCCCGGGUCGAACACCAUGAUGCCCUCGCCGUUCCCCAAGAUCGCGACCGAUCCCCACUUGACCAGACCGAUCGUGUCGCCCGCACCGCCGUCUCGACGCACCGUCGUCAUCUUUCAAGAGGCGUGCGCAGGUCAUCGUUUCAUUCGCUCUUCGGACGUGACGGGCAUCGUCGAGCGGCCGGAAAGGAUCCGGGCUGUCAAGACUGGAGUCGCAGCGGCGUGGGCUCGACUGGAGGCGCGCAACGUCGCUCAAGGAGGUGUACGAUGGAUGGGCAACCCUCCUGCGACGCCGGACUCGGACGACGUCGCCCAGAACCUUGGCGACCUGCUCAACAAUAUGAACAUCCAGGACCUCAAGGGCAAGGGCAAGGAGAUUCUCGGCGGACCAUUUGACGUGCUCCAGUCUACAAGUCGGGCCGCCAUCGACGACCCGGCGAUUCGAUUGAUUCACCCACUGCCUCACACCGCUCCCGGCGCACCGGAUGUCGACAUUGCUCCUCCCCCUCCAACCUCACCCCCUGCUGCCUCGACUCCGACCCGCGCAAGCCGAGCCUCAGUCGCCUCGACGCCGACUCGGUCCGGGAAAGAGGAGGCGACCCCGGCUUCAACCUCGACCCCGACCGCCGCCGAACGCGGUCCUGCGACCUUGCCGCCUUGGCCUCAACAGCUCGCUAAUUUAUGUAGAGGAGCAUCGACCGCCAUCGCGACCGGUGCGCGUCAUUCCGAGAUUCCGGCGCAUCUGCCUCAGGGCGACCUCUACCUGUCGGAGCAGAGCGAGGAUGCCAUCUUUGGAGCCAUUGGCGCUGUGUGUGAAGGCGUCGACAGGGUCGUGCAGGGUUCUAGGACAACGGGCAAUGGGUAUGAUCGGGCCUUUGUGGCUAUUCGUCCCCCAGGUCAUGUGCGUCUUUCGAUGAUCUGCUAGCGAUCGGGAAUAGUAGGCUGACUUUUUCGUCUAUCUUGUACGCUGAACAGCACUGCUGUGAGGCCACGCCGAUGGGCUUUUGCUUCUUGAACAACGUUGCCGUUGCUGCGGCUCAUGGUGGGUCGUAUCGGCUAAUCGACUCACGCCGAUUGGGCUCCUAUUGACAGCUCCAUAUGCUCUUCUCAGCCCACCUCAAUCACGGCAUUGAACGAGUCGUCAUUCUCGACAUUGAUCUGGUAUGGUAUGACGAGGGAAGGUGGUUAUCCAAACUAUCUGAUCACUGAUGCGAUGGUUAAAUGAUUGGAAUAGCACCACGGCAACGGCACUCAGGACAUCGCGUGGCGCAUCAACGCCGACGCCAACCGCGCCGUUCAGGAGUUGCAGGCAAAGUCUCCGCGCAAAGGUUCGCCGCGAAAAGGGGCUUCGCCUCCGUGCCGGCCCGGUUUGCAGAUCAUGUAUGCGUCGUUGCACGAUAUCUUCUCUUAUCGUCAGUUCACAUUUCCCGGGCUGGCGUGGUUGUCAUUCCCGUAGGCAACAGGCUGACACGGGAUCUCCUCAUAGCUUGCGAGGACGGUGAUCCCUCCAUGGUCCAAGCCGCUUCGCUCAAUCUGGCUGGUGGACACUCUCAAUGGAUCUCCAACGUGCAUAUCGAACCCUUCGGGACGGAAGCCGAGUUCCACGAGAAGUUGUACCCUAAAUACCGCCAAGGGUUACUCGGCGCGGCGACGAAAUUCCUCGAGCAAACGGCUUCGCGCGACGGCGAGGAUGAGAACAGGACUCUGAUCAUUAUAAGUGCAGGUGAGUUGAGCCCCGCCCACACAAGGCGAACCCAAGUUGCUCACGCCCUUCUAUGGUGGCACAGGUAUGGAUGCUUCGGAGCACGAGUCGGCCGGCAUGAGCCGUCAUCGACGCAACGUCCCUACAACCUUCUUCCACCGCUUCGCUCGCGAGACGGUGGGCCUCGCCACGACUCACGCCGCCGGGAAAGUGCUGGUCGUACUGGAAGGUGGUUAUUCAGAUCGUGAGUGCCUUUUCGGCACCGAAAACGGGGCUCGGCCCACUAAAGAUGACCCUUUGAUGGCAAUCCUCCGCUACCAGGCGCGCUCUGUUCGGCGACGAUGGCAUUGAUGGUCGGCCUGACGGAGUCACCACGCCUGCUUGAGAAGACGUUCCUCGCCCAAGACGGCAACGAGAUAUCGUGGUGGGAAGAGAAAAAUCUCGCCAAGAUCGAAAAGGCGUGCAAACCGAAGCGCGGGAAGCUGCACACCCCCUUCGCUGCGGGAACCGCCGCUUUCGCUGCAAACGCUUCCGGGGCGAGCACGAACGGCGCUACGGCGACGGCAGCCACCGUGGAUCACCCCGACGCAUGGCUCAAUCGAGCGGUCGAGAUCUUUGCGGCCAUCGAAGGAUCCGAGACGGUGGCCGCGCCGAACAGUGACGCUGUAGCGGCAGUCAAGGACAAAGCUGGCUUGGGCUCGCGCACUAUGCAACUGCGUGAACGAAGGCCUCGCGGGCUGGGCCAAGAUUUGGGCUUUGGCGGUGGUUCAAGGGAUUCGUCGCCGCAACCGUCCGCACAAUCGACCCCCGACAAGAGAUCCGGCGUUGGCGCAACACAGCCAUUCGUCACGGCAUCGACGUCCAGGGGGAACAACCUCAUCUCGGGCGAAAAGGCUUUCACGGGCCUCGUGAGGACCCAAGACAUUUCAUCGCUCAAAGGCCGAAGCCAAGGCAACCUGGAAGCCAGUCACGACUCAAACGCUGAUUCGCAGUUCGUCAUGCGACAUUGCCAUACCUCUGAACGGACUGCGCCCGCGAGUGAUCGCUCAGCUGACGACAGCGCGAUCGCUCUCUCGGCCGUCACGCCGGAGCACCAUGAGAAUGCCCAUCCGACGGUCGCGCCUCGCAUCAAAUUCACCUGGAAGCAAGGUGGGGUCGAGUAG